UUUAAUUCGAUCGUUUAGUAUUACGGAUCGUCAGUGUUGAAAAUGUGGAGAAUAAGUAAAAAUUUAAUAACUCGCUCGGGUGGUGGUCCAACUCUCAAGGAUAUCUGCUCAAAGGCGGCUCCCUUAACAGCUCAAACGCGCUACAAUUCACAAAGCAGCACAAAAGGUGCACCAGUUCCGGAGGUUCCAUCAUCGGCUGAUGUUGUCAUUAUUGGUGGUGGUUCGGCUGGUUGCCACACCCUGUAUCAUUUGGCCAAGCGUGGUGUGAAAGCUGUACUCUUGGAGCGGGCAAAGCUAACCGCCGGUACAACCUGGCACACAGCUGGUUUGGUUUGGCGUCUACGACCCAAUGAUGUUGACAUUCAGUUGUUGGCCAAUUCACGCAACAUGCUAAUGCAGUUGGAAGAGGAAACGGGCUUAGAUCCUGGCUGGAUUCAAAAUGGUGGUGUAUUUAUAGCCCAUUCAGAUACCCGUUUGGAUGAAUACCGCCGUCUGGCCACAGUGGGCAAUGCAUUGGGCAUUGAAAAUUACAUUCUAUCACCCGAAGAAACCCAAAAAGUAUUUCCCCUAUUGGAUCCCAAGGCCUUUAUUGGUGCCUUGUAUUCACCUGGCGAUGGUGUUGUAGAUCCUGCCAUGUUGUGUACAGCCUUGACGAGGGCAGCCACCAGGAAUGGUGCACGUGUUGUGGAAAAUUGUUCCGUCGAAGAUUUGGUGGUUGAAGAAACGGGUAAGGGCAAAAAAGUGGUGGGUGUUAAGACACCCUAUGGCACCAUAAAGACAGAGAAAGUGGUGAAUGCCACUGGUGUCUGGGGUAGGGAUUUAAUUGAAAAGCAUGGCUCAUUCCUGCCGCUGAUACCCAUGAAACAUGCCUACAUUGUUUCGGAAUCGAUACCCGGUGUCAGAGGUCUACCCAAUAUUCGCGAUCAUGAUUAUUCCACCUACUUCCGCAUACAAGGUGAUGCCAUUUGUAUGGGUGGUUAUGAGCCGAAUCCGAUUCUUUUGGAUCCAGUGGCCAAAGAUUUUCAUUUUGGUUUGUAUGAUUUGGAUUGGUCGGUGUUUGACACGCAUUUAAAUGGUGCCGUUAAAUUGUGUCCCACCUAUGCCAAUUAUGGUGUGAAGAGUACAGUGUGUGGUCCCGAGUCCUUUACGCCCGAUCACAAGCCCCUGAUGGGCCCUGACACUGUAAUAACGGGGCUUUAUCACAAUUGUGGUUUCAAUUCGGCCGGCAUGAUGUUCGGUGGUGGUUGUGGAGAACAAACGGCCCUUUGGGUGAUGAACGGCAAACCCGAUUUGCCCAUGUUCGGUUUUGAUCUACGUCGUUUCACCGACACCCAGAGUCGUGCCACACAGUGGAUCAAUGAAAAGUCCCAUGAAAGUUAUGUGAAAAACUACAGCAUGGUGUUCAAAUAUGAUCAGCCCCUGGCGGGUAGGGAUUUCCAAAAGGAUCCCCUGCACGAUGACAUGAUGGCACACAAUGCCUUUAUGGAAGAGAAACAGGGUUGGGAACGACCGGGUUUCUUUUUGAAGGAGUCGGCUCCUGUCCAGAAAUACGAUUGGUAUGGCAGCUAUGGCAAUGAGAGGCACAAGGAUUGUGCCUACGAAAGGGUAUUGGAUGGUGAUUUGCGGUACAACAGCUUCUCGGAUUAUCACAAUUUGAUUGGUGAGGAAGCAAUGGCCUGCCGCAACAAUGCCGUUGUCUUUAACAUGAGCUACUUCUGCAAACUGUUUUUGGAAGGUCCCGACGCCCAGAAGGCCGCCGAUUGGAUAUUUACCGGAAAUACAAAUAGAGACCCCAAGAAAACCGUCUACACCUGUGCCCUGAACGAUGCCGGUGGUGUGGAGGCUGAUGUUACCAUUUCUCGAUUAAAUUCCGGUUCCGGUGCUGUUCACGAUCCCAAAUUCGAAGGUCAAGGAUUUUAUAUUGUGGCUGGUGGCGCCUCGGCUUACUACACCUAUACCAUGAUGAAGGAUGAAAUACGUCGCCAGGGCUUCAAUGCCAGCGUUCGGGAUGUCACUUCGGACAUGGGUGUGAUAUCUAUACAAGGACCCAAAUCACGGGAAAUUCUACAGAAAAUUGUCAACUGUGAAUUGAGUGAUGAGAAUAUUCCUCCGAAUAGUACCGUCCUAACCCAAUGUAAAGAUGUCCUCAACAAUGCCACCGAGUAUGGAGUUCGUUUGUUGCGUGUCAGUUUCGUUGGUGAAUUGGGUUAUGAAUUGCAUGUGCCCAAGGAGUACUGCUCCCAGGUUUAUAGAUCUCUGAUGAAAGUUGGCGAGACGAAUGAUUUGCGUAAUGCCGGCUACAGGGCACUCUACUCGUUGAGUAGUGAAAAGGGUUAUCAUUUGUGGAGUUUUGAUUUGCGCCCGGACGAUACUCCUUUGGAGGCGGGUCUAGGUUUCACGUGUCGCAAGGAGGGAAGCUACAAGGGUAAAGAGGCAAUUGAAAAGCAACGCAAGGAGGGUAUUAAGAAACGUUUGGUCUAUCUGACAUUAGAUGACCAGGUACCAAUUUGGGGUCUGGAGGGUGUCUAUCGCAAUGGAGAGCCCGUUGGUUUCCUUAGACGGGCCGAAUAUGCCUAUUAUUUGGGUAAACCCUUGGGCCAGACAUAUAUUUCGAAGCCGGAUGGCGGUAAUAUCGAUGUGGACUACAUUAAAUCGGGCGAAUAUGAAGUCGAUAUUUUGGGUAAACGCUAUAAGGCUAAGGCCCAUUUGAGAAGUCCCUUCGAUUUGGAGGGUAAACGUGUUUUGGGUAUUUACUAGAAUAAAAGGGGGGAAAUUAGGUAAUUAUGUAAGUUUGUUAAGGAAGUUAUAUUGUAAAGAAUAAAAAAAUAA